CGCUGUCUCGAACCAUGGAGGAGAACUUUGCUGGCCCUACCGGUUGGCAUAACCGUUUGCGAACGGUCUCACUAACAUCUGCGGAGGGUGACGCGGCUAAGCCCAGACCGUUUGUACCGUCCCUAAUUGUUUUCGUCUUGCGGUCACACUUUGCGGCUGCGAUUUACGUGUUUUCAGCGCUGUUUUUAACGCUAGCGAGCUUGUUGCCGUUAAUCAUUUGAAGCGGGAAAACCGGAAGCAGUUUCCCAGGCACAAUGCGAGUCGAAGCCGGCGAUUCUUUUUGGUUGGAGAAGGCUGCAUCUUGCAGUGCAGAAAGGCAGUACUACGAGUCGCUUAAUCGGCGGAGAACCAGUCUGCCCGGCCCCGCCCCCCUAAAAGCGCCUGCCCCCGCGCCGACCAUAACCGCCCCCAACAUAUCCGCCCCCUCAAAGAAGGCCAAGAAGAAAAACAAGACGAUGGCCGAGAAGGAGCCGCCAAACAAACUGCUUUACAUGAAUCCGCUGACCAUGGAUGCCAACUUUUUCCUCGAGACCCUGAACUCGGUGAAUCAGAAGGCCAAUCCGCCGCAGCUGGAUCCGCACCUGGCCAAGCUGCUGGAGCGCAUUAUGGUGGGCAUCGAGAACUACAUGGACAGGAAUCCCACCUACGUCCUGCCCCAGGAGAAGGCCGCCCCGGGUGAGGGUGUGGCCUUUGUCCAGCCCAAGGAACUGCAGACCAUCAAGCGCACAUUCAACUGCACUGCCUGUAACAACCGCAUCGUGGGCACCAGCAUUGCCAAGGCGGUGGCCCACCUUUCGGAGCAGCAUCCCAACCCCAAUCCCAACAAUCAGCCAGUCCAGCCACAGCAGGCUCACCAGUCCAAGCAGGAGAGGAAGGCAGCGGUGAAGGCCCGUCAGCAGAUGACUGUGCAGUUGCCCAAGAAGGCCAAGGCAAUGAUUGUGGGCGAGAUCACGAAUGUGUUCAAAGACAAAUACCCCAUAGCGGACAAGCUGAAGGUGAUUCCCGAGUACGACAUCAUCGAACAGGACCUGUGCAAUCUUCUAACUCCGGGCUUUCCCAAGCAACAGCUGCGCGUCUACAAGUUUGGCUCGCGCAUUACUGGCAUAGGGUCACGUUCCUCGGAUCUGGAUGUCUUUGUGGAUAUCGGCAACACCUUUCAUACGUUCGAACACCGCGCUUCCAACACGACCAUCAACAAACUGCGGGCGAUGCGAAAGUUCUUCUGCGGCAGCGACGACUGGCGCAUUAUAAAUGUGAUCGAGCAGGCCCGUGUUCCCAUUAUCAAGACUUGCCAUUUGCCCACAGGCAUCGAGUGCGAUAUUUGCCUGAACAGUUUGGGCUUCUGCAACACAAAUCUGCUGAAAUACAUAUUCGAAUCACAGCCACUGACCCAAUAUAUGUGCAUAUAUGUUAAGAACUGGUUGGAGCGCUGCAAGCUGACGGAACAGAUAACGACGUACAGCAUUACGCUGAUGGUCAUCUACUUCUUGCAGCUUCAGCACCUGCUGCCACCCAUAGGCGUGCUGCAAAUGGAGGAGUCCGUCAAUCAGGGCGUGCUCGUGGGGCCGUGGGUUGUUAACUUCGCGCAGAAAUCGCCUAGCGAGCUGGGACUGCAGCAAGUAAAUGUGACUGUCCCCGUGGUAAAGGGCUAUCUUCGGUCCUUCUUUGCGUACUUUGCCAACUUUGACUAUGAGCACUUCUUGGUCUGCCCAUAUUUCGGUCAGCCUGAUGCGGAAAUACAAAAGUUUGAGAAGACACUGCCUAUUAGGUAUUCAGCGUAUGUGAUGGAGAAUCCUGAGUGCUCGCUCCAGCUACGAAAACCGAUGGUCGUCCAGGAUCCUAUACAGCUCAACCACAAUGUGACCAAAGCGGUGACCAAAUAUGGACUGCAAACGUUUGUGGACUACUGCCAGCAGACAGCUGAACUGCUGGACGAACCGUCUACCAAUUGGCGCCAGCGCAGCUCUUAAUCCCCCGAUCAUCCCUCCAUCCAAUCUCAAGCACUUCCGUCGCUGGUUUGAUAGGUUUUUGCUUUGUGUGUGCGAGAGACCCAUUCAGGUUUCGUCCGGCUGUAAAUUUUAGACGUUUAGCACGUCUCGACAGUAUACAAUACACAAAGUAUAAGUGACUUUUGUAUAUUUCACUAACAAGC